AAAGGUUAAGAUCUAAAUGUUAUAUCAACAAUACUCAAGGGAUAGUUACAAUAGAAUCGUCGUCUUUACAAUUCCCAUCGUUGUCGCAGCUAUAUAAAAAUACGAUACUACAAGAAUGUGUAGUAAGCGGAAAUUUGUUCUGCUAACUAAUUUAACGUUCCCUUUACUAAUUUUAUUGUACGACCAACUAUUUUGAUGUGGUAGCGAUUUCAAUUCGUUUGUAACGGGCAAUGUUCAAUUCUAGUAACUUGAAAGCUUGUAAGGAAUAGUAUCUAAAUGUUUACACCAACAAUACUCAAAGUAAGUUACAUUAUACUAUUGUUGUUAUUAGUGUUAUUACAAUACGGAUCGUUGCGUCUGGGAGAGCGGAGGGGCGCGGGAGGCGCGCGGGGCGGUUUCAAACAGUAUGGCGCUGAUCGUGACCAAUCGUACUUACGUCGCCCGCGCAAAAGUAGUGACAGGCAGUUAUAGAUUUACUUUGCAGUGAAAAUAACAAAAGAAAAACUUGUGUCUUACUGAAAAUGGACGAAGACAUCGCGCAAAUAUUGCAUGAGUGGGAUCUGUCAGAAUACUACGAGAUAUUCAAACGUAAGUCUUGUUUCCAUUUUUUUAUAUUCAAAUGUAUUAUCUGUACAUUUUUUUCUUUUGUGCCGUAUUCUAAUUUUAAAAUGCCUACAUAGACAAUACAUUAAAAACACAAUCUAUCUCAAACAUACUCCAACACGGAACAAAAAUCAAUCAACCGAUAUUGAGGUUGUAUGUACCUAUUGGAGUUACAUGUGAAUAAUUUUCAAGCAAGUUCUGAUAUUUCUGAUUCAGUUGUUUGUCGUGUCUAAACAUGUUUUAAAGUUAUAAUAUGGCCCAGUGUGUCUGUUUGUCUGUUACUUCACGCUUUAACGCUGAACCGAUUUAGAUGACAUUUGGUAUGGAGAUAGUUAGAGUCCCGGGGAAGGAAAUAGGAUAGUUUUUAUUCCAGAAAUCGUGAUUUAAGGGGGUGGAAGUUUGUAUUAGAAAUGACUUAUUCCACGUAGAUUAAGUCGUGGGCAAAAGCUAGUAGGUAUAAUAAUAUGCCUCCUACUAGUCCUACUGGGUAGUAAGUAAUAUUCCCAGCACCUUGUCAAAUCUACCGCAUCGGCACCGUUGCCGUUGCAGAGGUAGGGUAGUUUUCGUCCACAUGUGUCAGUUUUCCUUAUGUAUAUAUUUAUUUAUAUUCAAGUACUUUCCAAAAGCUUAAUAGAAAGAAAGGGUUAAGUUUUGUUUGUAUUUACAGAAAAUAAGAUCACCCUCAAAACAUUCAACAUAUUGGAUCAGGGAAUGAUACAAGAACUGAUUAAACCAAUUGGAGACAGAGCCACAUUCAUAAGCAACUUAAAUAUUUGGAAACAAAUAUCAAAUGAUGAUGAUGAUGAUUUCUCUCUUAGUCUCAGUCAGGGGAGCAAAUCGGACAUUAAUGUCGAUGUGUUGAAUGAGAAACACAGAAACGUACCACCAAUAAAGAAUAUUACCAACUUCCAAAGCAGUCAAGAUGGAUCCCCUUCUGACAGUAGCGUCAACACAUCAAUUAAUCUACCACCAGUAAAGGACCUUACCAACGAAAUCGAACAGUUGACAAGUGAGGUGUACACUAUUCAAAAUGUAUCCCCUUCUGGCAGCAGCUCAACAAAUGUGUUAAUAACAUAUACUCCAAAGCUUAAACGACAAGCACUGCUGGACAUAUUAAAUAAAUCUGCAAAGGGUAGAAGCUUGCUGAAUUUACACAAAGAAGAAGGAAUGUUGUCAAGCAAUAGCAGAAGGAAGCUUUGCAAUAUUAUCGUGGAAGAUCUAUUGUUAGAAGACCCUGAUGUGAGGGUAACACAUGAGACGCUUCUUAGUAUCGCUAAUAAAAUUAGAAACAUUUUUCCAAAGGAGAAUAUAACCUAUGAUAAUAACAUUGGACAAUUUAAAAAACAACACAAUUAAAAUGUCUGCGUCUGAAAUAUUGUGCUUCUUGAGAUACUUUGGGCUACUCGUAGGUGAUUUUAUUCCAUGCAGUGAUUACAUCUGGGAGUUAUACAUAGUGUUAAGGAAAAUAAUUGAUAUAGUUACAUCUAAUGCCGUUCACAAAGAUAAUUGUGAUUUACUACAGUCUUUAGUUACAGAACACCAUCAAUUAUAUCUAACGUACAGUAAAAAGACUUUCAACUCCUAAAUUUCAUUUUUUAACGCAUUAUAAUGAUAUGUUACAGAAGUUCGGUCCUUUAGUGUCAAUAUGGUUAAUGCGUUAUGAAGCCAAACAUCGUUUAUCGAAAUUGGCUGCAAAUGUGUCUAGUAACAGAAAAAAUCCAUGCAAAACUUUGGCAAUCGAGCAUUAGUUACAAUUAAAUGAAACCUUUUUAACUGGUCUAGAUGAGAUCUUCGAAUUUGGAAUUAAAAAAACAGUAACUGAUAAUACUGAACGAAAAAUAAGACAAUCUCUAACCUUAUCAUCUCACCCUCUUUACCAAGUUAGUUGGGUUUCUAUAAAAGGAACUAAGUACUCUAAAAAUAUGGUUAUUACUUAAGAUAUAUAUGUGAUGGCCUCUUACCAAUGUUUGGUUUAAUUGAGUGUAUUUAUGUAAUGUUUGAAAAUAAAACCAUUAUUUUUGAAUUCAGUUUAUUCAAGACUUUGUUUUUUGAUGAGAGGCUUUAUUGCUACGAUGUAGAACUGACUGAUAAUAUAUUAUUUUGUAAUUAUGACACAAUUUAUUCAUAAUAUAUUCCAAAUACUAAGUCAGUAACAUCUAAUAAUAGGACAAAAAUUGUUCUAAGAUCUCCUGUAUGAAUAAUACGCCAAAGUACGUUUAUUAUUGUAUGUACAUUUUAUUCUUACCGUCAAUUCGUGCAACAUUGCCUACGAUGCCUUCCUCUGCCUGGCUUGAAAAACGGUGAUUCUCUGUCUACUGAAUAUACAUUUAAUUCUUAAUAAUGGCCGCCUUUCUCCCAUAUCAGGAGUAAGGCAUUUUCAAGCCAUGCAGAUUAAGCAUCGUAGGCGUUAGGAGUAGACUAUACAGGCGGCCAAAAAAGAACUAGAUUCCCGUUGGCUGUAAGGGGCUAUUACCCACCGCCGCCGCUUAAUCGCCAUGCAAAAACCCAAAACACAAAUCAAUCUGAGAAGUUCCAAAACCAUCUAGGGAGGAUGGUUGGGUCCCAAAACCUUACAGCCAACGGGAAUCUAGUUCUUUUUUGGCCGCCUGUAUAUUAUACACUAAUGAGAAACUCUAUUUUUACGAUAUAAGUAUAACUAGGCAUUUUUAUUCUGUCAUGUGCUGUAAUGUACCUACUAGUACUAAGUAAUUAUCGCAGACUUAUCAACCCGACACCCAAUGUGAUCAAAAUAAAGCAUUGAAAUUAGAACUGUACAUGACGUGGCAAAUAUUAUAGUGUAUAUUUAAAUACAGUGGUAGUCGUAUACUGUAUUUGAAAUUAUUGAUAUUUGAAUAUUACCGAAGUGAAUAAUUAUUAUUAACCCAAUCUAUUUUAACACCAGUGAGAUCAGCGGAAUGCUCUAUUCCGCCUAACUAUCAAUGAUUCCAAUUAGACCAGUGGAAUGGAGUAAUCCGCUGAUGUUAUCGGUAGGGUGAUAUAAUCAGUUGGUGAUAUUCAAAUAUCGAUCCCCUGUUAUUUUUGAAUGUGGUAUUAAGUAUAUUAAAAAUUAUAACAAGGAUAUAACGUAUCACUUCAAUGUAGAACUGAUUUAUCUAUUUGAUUAGAAUUUUGUUAUCAGUUGUUACCAUAUACCCAAUACUUAACUUUUUAAGUAGAUUCUAUCGCGUGUAUUAUUUAACUAAUAUCCAUUCCGACGUUUUGAGUACUAUCCUGCACUCGUUGCCACGGAAGUGCCGUAGACGUCAGACGCCCGUGACGUGACCACGAGUGCAAGAAAAGAGUACUCGAAACGUCGGAAUGGAUAAUAGUUAAAUAUAUACGCGAUAUAAUCCGUUUAAAUUGAAUUAUUUCGUUGAUUAACAAUCGCGGUAACUAUUAGGGAUAUAAGUACACUGUUUAGGGAGGAGUGAUAUUAUUACUUAGUUACAGUCGCCAUCAGAUACAUCGGUGCAGCCAAGGUAAUCAAGGCGAUAAAGUGCAUGUUCAGACAUUUUUGAGUACCUUGGCCGCUCCGAUAUAUUACAGUCGCCAACAGAUAUAUUGGAGCGGCCAAGUUGAUCACAAAACAACGUCUUUAUUGUCAAAGCGAUAUAGUGCACGUCCAGAUAUUUAUAGGUACCUUGGCCGCUCCGAUAUAUUUGAUGGCAACUGUACAAUGUAAAACCUUUUUUCUAUAAAUGUGACUCACAAUCAGUUUUGUUGCCUAUUAAUAUAAAAUAAUGAUUGAUUUCA